AUGAACUCAACUUUUGAUGUACAAGACGAUUAUGAAAAAGUUAAAAUAUCAAAGAAAGAAUUAAAAUUUCUAUAUUCAAACAUACUAACAUCAACAAUAUCAAAAUUAGAUUUACAUUUACCAACAACAUCAGAAGAUCCACUCAAAUCCAAAAUUCAUAAAGAUAUAGAGAUUUAUUUAUUAAAUUCAUUUCAAAAUUUAUUGAAAUCAUUACUAAUAGACGGAGAAGAUUUAAGUAAUGAAUCUAUAAAAACAAUACUAAAAGUUGAUGAUAAUGAUACAAAUGUUGAACUAUUUGAUAUUGAAAUUAAUGAUAAAUUAAGAAAUAUAUUAAUCGAAUAUGAUGAUAUGAUACUAAGUAUUGGUGAAUUGAAAAGAACACUACCCAAAAGAGCUCAAGAUAAGUAUUUCCAACUAGUUUCAAAAAUUGAUAAUGAAGUAAGUGAAGUUAUUAACAAUAUUAACACUGAGAUUGAAGAAGCUGGAUUAAAAGAAGAGAAAGGAGAUGGUGGGUUGGGAAGUAUUGAUUUUAAUGAGUUUAACAAAGAAUAUUAUGAGUAUUUAUUGAAAUUUGAUUUAAUCAAUACUAAACUACCUAAUCUAAAGAUGGAAUUUGACAGGUUUAAUAAAACUAUUGAGUUUUUAUCCAAAUAG